UGUAAGUGACUUGAGACACAUCUUACCUUUGAUUCAUACGCCGCUCAUCUUCACUCCCAAAUUCCUGAAAUAGAGCAAGGAGAAUAUCUUAAUUACAUUGCGCAAUUUUAAAUGGUAUAUAAUGCGGACAAGCUCAAACAUACGGCAUACAUAAAGAUAUUAGACAAUCAAUCGUUAUUUUGGGGCCAAGGAGUUACAAUUCGAUGCUAUCGGGGUUCCUGUAUUGUGCCAUGAUGCUUAACUACUACCAGAUAUGCGUGUGGCUGUAAUAGGUGCUGGAGUCAUCGGUCUGUCCACAGCUCAGAGCAUUUAUGAGCAGUAUCAUUCCAUCGUCAAUCCGCUGAUCAUUGAGGUGUAUGCAGACCGCUUCACCCCACUGACCACCAGUGAUGGAGCGGCUGGUUUAUGGCAACCUUAUUUCAAUGACAAGGGCAAUCUUCAGGAGAGGGAAUGGUGUAAACAGACCUUUGACUACUUGGUGAGCUGUCUCCGUUCACCAGAGUGUGUAAAAAUGGGUGUUUUCCUCCAAUCUGGUUACAACCUCUGCAUAGGACCAAAACCAGAACCAACAUUUAAAGACAUAGUCCUGGGCUUCAGAAAACUCACAGAGCGAGAGCUGAAGAUGUUUCCUGGCUACAGUCAUGGCUGGUUCAACACUGCUCUCAUGUUGGAAGGUAAAACAUACCUACCUUGGCUAAUGGACUGGUUGGCAAAACGGGGUGUGAAGUUUUACCAAAAGAAAAUAGGCUCAUUUACAGAGCUGCAAAAACAUGGUGCCGAUGUGAUAAUAAACUGUACUGGGGUGAGAUCCGGAGACAUCCAACCUGACUCUGAGCUCCAGCCAGCCCGGGGACAGAUCAUAAAGGUGGAAGCCCCAUGGUUGAAGCAUUGGAUUUUGACCCACACUGAGGGCGUUUACAACUCACCAUAUAUCAUACCAGGGAGUCGGUUUGUGGUAGUUGGCGGGGUGUUCCAGUUAGGAAACUGGAAUGAAAGUAAUGAUACUGCUGACCAUAAGAACAUGUGGGAAAAGGCUUGCCAACUUGAGCCAAGUCUAAAGCACGCUAAGAUAGUGGAUGACUGGACCGGCCUCAGGCCAGCUCGAAAUAAAGUCAGACUGGAGAGAGAGACCAUACUGUGUGGUACCACUGCGGUCGAGGUGAUUCACAACUAUGGCCAUGGAGGUUUUGGAUUGACCAUUUGCAGAGGUUGUGCACAGGAAGCAGCCAGGCUUUUCGGUCAAAUUUUGGAACAAAAGGGAGCGGGACCAAAAGCUCACUUGUGAAUUACUUUUUAGCAUUUGGGACUUAAUUGUAAUUAAAUCCAAACCUAAUAAUGUCUUUAUAGUAAGGGACAAUUUUUAUUCACUCAUAUAUAUAUAAAAAAAUUAAGAUUAACAAAUUAACUUUCACUCAAAUACAAAUAUGCCUUAAAUAUAGGUUGCAAAAUCCCUGUAACAAAUAAUGACAUCAAAUUGUAUCUUUUACAAAGAUUAUUUACUAUCAUGAUGUGGUACAUUUACCUUUUUUGUGUGUUGACAAGAAUAAGUGUACAUUAAAUCUUAAUACUGAUUCAAUUAAAUAAAAUUUCAAAUAAAAUGCAAAAAUACAUCCAUCUUUUAUUUGAACUUGUCAUACUUCAUCACCUUUUUCCAAAGAAACGGAACGAGAGCUGAUGAAUUAUUUAGAGGUAUACAUUAAGUUUAAUGACUGUGUUGAGACUGAAGUAAACAUUACUAUAGAUGCAGUGUAGUGUUUAGAAUCUAAUGAGAACCAAAUUGUCACAUUAUAGGUAUCGUAUUGUAAUCGCAGAAUUUCAAUAUUUUUCAUCAGACUGAUUAGGCAUUGUAGGAUCUGAUGGAAAAUAUAUAAAAUAAUUCGGUACUUGAAUCCAAUCAUGUAUUUUUAGGCAAAUGCAAUUGAGUCAUAUUUCAUAAAUAUUGCAGAUGACACACACACACACACACACACACACACGGCACAUACUAAAUAUUUUGAUGAAUGUACUGUCAACAUAUCUCACCAAUGUCAAAAAUGAUCAUGGCAUAAAUUAAUAUUGCUACUGGAAUUGACUUCUCCAUUUUUUCUUUUAAAUUGGCGUUUGCGCUUGGGUCAUUAUGAUACACAUACUAAUUAGUUGGCUAUUUUCUCUAUCCUGCAGUGAAUGAAAAAAAUAAAUUGUACAGACGCCUAGUACAAUUGAAGUAAAUGUUUUCCAGGUAAAUAAUAUAUGUGUAUUUUUUUAAGGCUUUUUUUUAGUUGUAAUAUUUGAAGUAAGUGUUUAUAUUUUCCCACGUCUUAGACCAGUGAUUCCCAACAUUUUGACUUGCGUACCCCCAAACCUUUUUGUCAUACCAUGAGUUUUCCCCUCACUCGUGUUGACGAUUCUCCAAAAUGUAACACAAACUAUCAUUAAAUGAAAAAAACAA